AUGAUUUAAUCACGCCUGCAAACUUUGAUAUUAAUUACACUUUUUAUACACGCUUUUCAGAAAGGCGAAUCUUUAUCUGAUAAAUUCAUAAGCAAAUUAGAGAAGAUUUGUGAAAAUUAACAAUGUUUGCAUUUACCAAAGGGAUUUAAUGACAAUUGCAUUAAUUGGUGCGUAUCAUCCUUAUGUUUCCUUAACACUUAUGAAGAAAUUCCAGAAGAUGGAGAAACAGAUCACAAAAAAAAUAUGUAUUUUAAAAAUUGCGUAAAGAAUAUCCUUAAAGACUGCCAAACAUCCAAAAUACCAUUUGAUAAUUGUAGAGAUAAUUUACAUAUAGAUUUUACCAAAUAAUAAUGA